GGCGCGGUGGCUCGCGACCCAGCAGAGCUGGCUCUGUCGCCGCACCACCAGCUGCGGCUCUGGGACCUGCAGACCAGCCGGGGCCGGGAGCCGCCCGGGGCAGGGCUCGAGAGAGCGGGCCCCACCAUGAGGCCCCAGCCCCUCGGGAGCCCCUGCGCUCCCCUGGCCCCUGGCACACCGUGCUAGCCCCAGGAGGGCAAGGGCAGGUGCGGGGGCCAUGGCCAGCCACGUGGACCUGCUCACCGAGCUGCAGCUGCUGGAGAAGGUACCUACGCUGGAGCGCCUGCGCGCAGCCCAGAAGCGCCGGGCUCAGCAGCUGAAGAAGUGGGCACAGUACGAACAGGACCUGCUUCACCGUAAGCGCAAGCAUGAGCGGAAGCGCAGCACAGGUGGCCGUCGCAAGAAGGUGUCCUUUGAGGCCAGUGUGGCGCUGCUCGAGGCCUCACUGAGGAACGAUGCCGAAGAAGUACGCUACUUCCUGAAGAACAAGGUCAGCCCUGAUUUGUGUAACGAGGAUGGCCUCACAGCCUUGCACCAGUGCUGCAUUGACAACUUUGAAGAAAUCGUCAAGCUGCUGCUUUCCCAUGGUGCAAACGUGAACGCCAAGGACAACGAGCUGUGGACUCCCCUGCACGCUGCAGCCACCUGCGGCCACAUCAACCUGGUGAAGAUCCUCGUUCAGUAUGGGGCUGACUUGCUUGCUGUCAACUCUGAUGGGAACAUGCCAUAUGACCUCUGCGAGGAUGAACCCACCCUGGAUGUCAUCGAGACCUGCAUGGCAUACCAAGGAAUCACCCAGGAGAAAAUCAACGAGAUGCGGGCAGCUCCUGAGCAGAAGAUGAUAGCAGACAUUCACUGUAUGAUUGCCGCCGGCCAGGACCUUGACUGGAUAGAUGCCCAGGGGGCCACGCUGCUACAUAUAGCUGGGGCCAAUGGAUACCUACGGGCAGCUGAACUUCUCCUGGACCACGGAGUGCGUGUGGAUGUGAAGGACUGGGAUGGUUGGGAGCCUCUGCAUGCAGCAGCCUUCUGGGGACAGAUGCCAAUGGCAGAGCUGUUAGUGUCCCAUGGAGCUAGUCUCAGUGCCAGGACAUCCAUGGAUGAGAUGCCAAUAGACCUGUGUGAGGAGGAGGAGUUCAAGGUCCUGCUGUUGGAGCUUAAACACAAGCAUGACGUCAUCAUGAAGUCCCAGCUGAGGCACAAGUCAUCCCUGAGCCGCAGGACGUCCAGUGCAGGCAGCCGUGGGAAGGUGGUGCGUCGAGCCAGCCUGUCAGACAGAACGAACCUGUACCGGAAAGAGUAUGAGGGAGAGGCCAUCCUGUGGCAGCAGCGGAGUGCAGCAGAGGACCAGCGUACCUCCACCUACAACGGAGACAUCAGGGAGACCAGGACAGACCAGGAGAACAAGGACCCGAACCCCAGGCUGGAGAAGCCAGUGCUACUCUCAGAAUUCUCUACCAAGAUUUCCCGGGGAGAACUGGAUGGGCCUGUGGAGAACGGCCUCCGGGCUCCUGUCAGCACCUACCAGUACGCACUGGCCAAUGGGGACAUAUGGAAGAUGCACGAGAUGCCUGAUUACAGCAUGGCCUAUGGCAACCCCGGUGUGGCUGAUGUCCCCCCACCCUGGAGCAGCUUCAAGGAGCAGAGCCCCCAAACGCUCCUGGAGCUGAAGAGGCAGCGGGCCGCAGCCAAGCUGCUCAGCCAUCCUUUCUUAAGUACCCACCUGGGCAGCAGUGUGGCCAGGUCAGGGGAGAGUAGCAGUGAAGGCAAGGCCCCCUUGAUCGGAGGCAGAACUUCCCCCUACAGCAGCAACGGGACCUCGGUGUAUUACACGGUGACCAGCGGAGAUCCCCCGCUCUUGAAAUUCAAGGCCCCCAUGGAGGAGAUGGAGGAGAAAGUCCAUGGCUGUUGCCGGAUCUCCUAGUGUCUGGGAGCUAGAGGAGAGAGCUGCCUCGGAGAUGUGCCCUUGGAAUCCACACCAGCCCUGGCUGGGGAGGUGUCAGAGGGCAGCCAGGGAGAGGUGGGAGCUGCUUUUCAGAGGAAUGCUGACCUCACCUCAUGCCCAGCUGCCCAUAGCAUCCCUUUUCCCCUCCGUGCUGCUUUCCCGCCUCAAUGCCUGCAUCUGAAGCAUAGCGGCCCCAGCUCACUCUGAUUCAGGGAGGCUGAGCUUGGGAUCUCAGUUCUGUACUUUAUAAAGGCUUCUUGAGACCAGAACUAACACCCACCACCC